AUGGGGCUGUUGAUUUGGACCGUGCAAGACAAGACCACUAUCUCUAUCAAGGUGCAGACAUAUGCAGUUUCUCUUAUUUGUAGUAUAUUGAGAUUAUAUAUGUUUGUGUGCCACGAAUUAGUCACUGCGCAGCCCCGGCCUUCCAUUCCUCAUGCACAUAUAUACAACAAGAACUCUCUCAGCUCACUCACCUAUGCAGUAAGUGGCCAUCGAUCGAUCAUGUGUGACUUGUUUUGGCUAUCACCGGGCGAGCAAGGAGAUCUCUCCGAUGUUGUCAGGGCAAGCCUGCACCCGCUUCACCAUCACCAGCUGCCAACAACCCUUGCCUCCCCCUUUCUGCAGCCGGAGGAGGAGUACAACUCGCUGCUGCUGCAAGAAGGAAGCGGUGGAGGUGGCCUGGUCGUCAGCCAUGGCGAUGAUGAGCAGUUGGGGAUGGUGGCAAUGAUGAUGAUGGGUGGCAAUACUAGGCCAACGUCUGAUCAUCGGGUGGCCUCUACACAUCCACCGACGACAACGGUGUGUCCACAGGCACGUCAAGAGCCACUGCCCGGGAUGAUUCGUCGGCCGGAUAUCGACAGAGAAGGCGACGUCGUGGUGGCGCCGGAGAUUGGUGAUCGUCUCCAGGACAUGUCGAUAGUUCAUCACCCACGUGUCUCUGCUGCAAUGAAGCCAAGAAAGAGCCAUACGAAGAAGGUGGUGUGCAUCCCGGCGCCGACGGCGGCCCCAGGAGUGGGUGGCCGGCCAAGCACCACAGGCGAGGUGGUGCCCUCCGACCUGUGGGCGUGGAGGAAGUACGGGCAGAAGCCGAUCAAGGGGUCCCCGUACCCGAGAGGCUACUACCGCUGCAGCAGCUCCAAGGGAUGCCCGGCGAGGAAGCAGGUGGAGCGCAGCCGCACCGACCCAAACAUGCUCGUCAUCACCUACACCUCCGACCACAACCACCCGUGGCCGACCCAGCGCAACGCCCUCGCCGGAUCAACACGCCCCGUGGCCAAGAACAACGUCCCAUCUUCUUCCUCGGCCGCUGCGGCUGCAGGUCCAACUCACAAUAGUAUCACCAACGUGGACCGUGAUAAUGUUCAUCACCAGUUGAAGCAAGAGGACGACUUGGACCUGUUUGCAGACAUGGACGCCCUUAAUAUCUUCUCCUCCAUCACCAAGAUUCAGGAAGAUGACAGCAAGGAGCAGCUGUUCGAUCCAUUCAGCUCUAGCUUCUCCGACUACCUCUAA